AAUUUACAAGACCAUCAAUCUGUUCUACAAACACGUGUGGAAAAACUUCAGGUGAAGCUAAAGUUUACAGAAACUGAAAAUAUUUCUCUAAAUGAAGAAAUCAAAAACAUACGUUCUCAAUUGGAUACAAUUAAUCGAGCAUAUGAUUUACAAACAGAAGUAGUCAAUCAAUUACAAACAAAAAUGUCCAUACUGGAAGAGAAUAUUACUGCGAAAAGUAAACAAUUAUUAAAUUUAGAAAAUUCAUUAAAUCAACAACAAGAACAAAAGACACAAUUACUAGAAAAAUCAGAACAACAUUGUCGUAAUAUAGAAAAUUUAGAGAAACAUUUAACUUCAAAUACGGAAGAAUUAAAUAAAGCCAAUGAAAUUAUUAAACGUUUACAAAAUGAAGUGAAAAGUUUACAAUCAAAGGCUAAAUUACGUGGUCAAGUAGCCAUGGAACAAGAACGUUUAUUAGUUUCAAAAGACACUGAAAUCCGAACACUACGAGCUAAAUUAGAUAAGCUAGAAGCAGAAAUCACAAAUGUUAAAAAACAAAAUACUCAGUUAGUUGAAGAGCAUAAUCAAACCGUCCAAAAUUUAGAAGAUGCUGAGAAAACAAUUAAGUCGAAUGAAACAAUUAUCGCUUGGUUGAAUCGACAGAUUGCCGAGAAUGAUUCGGGUUAUGUACAAAAUCGUUUGAAGUUGUCAGCUUUUCCAGUAAUCAGUAUGCCUUCUGGAGUAAUUGAUUCCCUUACUACGAAUAAUACAAUUGCCUCUCCUAGAAAUGAUAAAUCCUCAGCAUUGGAAAAUAUUCCUUCACGUGUAUCAUUAACGCCACAUUCACAAGCUUCUCAUAUGGUCCCUUUACUUAACACACAUACUCCAGUCACAGUGUCCUCCUCUACAAAUACCAACAAUACCUUACAAACAGUUGAUAAAAAGCUGUUAGAUCUACCCACCAGUUCGAAAAGUG